AUGAUGAAACAGCAGUCCGUCGCCACCGCGUCCGCCGCAGGGCCAUCGAGAGCCCAGCCAUCCGCUGCGGCCAACAAGCUCGGCGCCAAGAACAGCACGGGCAUCGGCGGCUUGCCUGGCGGCGUCGUUGGUCCAGAAGCAGCCGGCCUGGAUCCAUCCGGUCCCGAGCAUUUCUUCGUCACCCUCGCUGCCUAUGCCGAUGCGCUCGAUGCGCUGCCGCUCGACCUCACCCGCAGCUUCUCUGACCUGCGAGAGCUCGAUGCGGUGCUCGGCUCGCACCUCAACAGCCUGACAGCGCGUCUCAACCAUCUUACCGCGCUCAUCGAGGAUCCCGACAUCGACCAGGGCCAGCGUCUGCUUGCGCUCAAAGAAGUCGCCGAAGAGGCGCGCGCCUACAAAAUGGGCGGUGAGGACAAGAUCCGUGUCGCACUCAACACCGCCGAAACCAUCAUCAGCCAUACCGACUACAUCGAUGCGCUCGACAGCCAGCUCGACCGCUUCGCCGAAAUUUCGGCGCUGCUCAACCCCACCAAGCACCUCAAGCUCGAGCAGUACUAUGUGCCCGGCGCCCUCAAGGACCGCAAGCUCAUCUCGGCACUCGACAGCCACACGGGCGCAGCCGGCGGCGCGUCCGGCGCCGAUGCCAACGGCGCAUCCAGCUCCAAGAAGAAAAAGGUCGCUCAGAUCGCCGCAGCAAGCGCAGCGGGCGGCAAGAGCCACCGAGCCGGAGAUGCAACCGCGGUCUCUGGUUCCGCUGCAGGAACAGGCGCUUCUUCCAGCAGCAAGAAGCGCAAGGCCAUCUCGGGUGCGGCGGUCGGUGGCUCAGGCUCCAACUCCAGCUCCAAGGUAGCCAAGACGGCGGCCUCGGGCAAAGGCGACGACGACGUCAAGUCGGCCGCCAACGGCUCGAGCUCGCACAAGAAGAAGACCGAGGGAGGCUCAAACGCGGGCGCGUCGGGAUCCAAAUCUAGCCAGCUGGCCAACAGCAACACGCGUCUGCCGCGCGCCGCGCAUGCGCACAGCGGCUACACCGAGGACGACGAGGACGGCACGGGCGCGCGCAAGGACGGGUCGCGCCGGGCGGUGGGUGUGGAUGCGGACGAGUCUUCGGCGAAUCGCAGUCGCAACAGUCGUUCGGUUCGAGCGAGCGCGGCCGCACAGCGCAGCGACGACGAUGACGACGAUCUGGACGACGGCGAUGCGGACGAGGAGGAGGAGGCGCACGCGCGCUCCAACACCAAGAGCCGCAGCCGGGCCGGGCGCACUGGGGCGAGCAACUCGCGCGCGCGCGGUGGUGCUGCCGCUGCCAACUCGCCGCACACGGGCUCCACGUCGGCCAGCCGCGCCGAGAGCCCUUCGUCCACGGCGGGUGGCGCGGGCGACGACGCCGACGAGGCGCGCUACUGCUUCUGCAACAACGUGUCGUACGGCGACAUGAUCGGAUGCGACGACGACGACUGCGAACGCGAGUGGUUCCACCUCGGCUGCGUCGGCCUCACCAAGCCGCCCCAGGGCACCUGGUACUGCGAGGCCUGUCUGGAACGCAGGGCCAAUGCGCGCGCCGCCAAAUCCAAGAAGUCCAAGAGCUCCGGCGGCUCCAAGUCCAAGGUUCGCCGCUAG